AUGCGUGCUCUUUUGGCCGUAUCGCUUUACCUCUGCCUCGGGAGCAGGGCAGCCCCGGUUGCCCUUCUUCAAAGGGCCGUUACAGUCGGACCGCCCUACGAGUUAGGAGGAGGAGGAGCCCGUCUGCUUCUAGAGGUCAACGUACCACCAGAGAUAGAGCUUCUCCCCGAGGGAGCAAGACUGCCGAUAGAGAAUCCUGAGACGACUUUACCCGAGGGGUUGCCCCCUACUAAAGUCGAACCGCCAAGGCAGAUACCAGGAGAACACAACCCUGACAUGCCUGGGCCUGAGGGAUACCCGCCGCCACUACCGGGCGUCGAGAGUCCCGAGGCGUCUGCACCCGGAGGACCCGAGGGACUGCCACCGCCCGCGACCGAACAAUCCUCACGGGGGGGCAAGUCCCUCGAGGACAUCAAGGAAAUGUGGUUUAAGGAAAACAAAGAAGGCAGAGCAGCCAUUUGGGAAAAAUCCCGUGCAUGA